CGACCAAAGGGCCAAACGGCUCGUCAUUUAGAUAUGACAAGCCCGUCAACCUCAGUGAAGGCCCGCAAGACAUAGUUAGCAGGCUCGGCCUUCUCUCUCGCGGCCUCGCGGUCAGUCAGCGGCUCAGCUGUUCGAUUUCGAUUUCCCCCUCCUUUGCAAGCUCGUCCUCCUUCUGUCUUCUUUAUUUCUUCCUUUGAUCUUCGUAUAUAUUUCCUCAGUUUAUUCCAAUUAAACACAAAUUCAAAUCCGUGAAGUAUCCCGUCACUGCAUUUGGAUUCCGGAUCCAAGUUCCGGGAAGGAAAAAGGGGGUACAGUGGCAGGGACUCCAAUUUGAGUGUUACUUGUUCAUUUAGCUGGGUUUUGAUGACAUACAAGUUAGUUCAGCAUGCGAUAGUGUACUUCUCCGCUUAGCAAAUAUAGCAUUCUGUAAAUGGAAGAAGAGGACCCCAAAGAGCAUGAUAAAAAUGAUGGUGAAGGGGCAGGAUCAGAUGAAGAAGGCCAUGACAGAAAUGAAAGUGUAGGAAUACCACAGACAGAAAAUGAUGGUGAGCAUAAUAGUGUAGUUUCAGGAGGAGUUAAGGCAGAAGUUGUAGUAGUAAAUGAUGAUCUGCUCGAGCAUGCUUCACUGCAAGAUCAGCAUAAAGGUAGGCCUGAUUCAAAUGAUUCUCAAUUUUCAGGCUCUAAUAAUGUGAGACUCUCAUUGGGUGGGAGCAGGGGUAACUUUGAACUUUCCUCUGUGAAUGUUCCAUCUAGGCUUAGUUCUCCUGCAGUUCCUGAGAUACGUCAUGACCACGUUUCAAGCCCUGGGCUUGAUAUGCAAUCUGCUUCUGGUGAUGACAUUAGACAGUCCUGCACUUCAGUCAGCAUUGAUUCUGCAGGGUAUUCAUAUGGGGAUACUGAAUGUGUCGCUGUUGACUCACCACAGAAGUCUAAGUCGAAACAGGUUACACCAAAUGUGUCUCCAGAGCUCUUGCAUUUAGUAGACUCUGCUAUUAUGGGAAAGCCUGAAAGCUUGGAUGAGCUGAAGAAUAUUGUAAGCGGUGCCCAGAGUUUUGGAGAUGGAGAGGAUGCUGACGCUAUUGCAUUCUUGGUAAUUGAUUCACUUCUUGGCACAAUGGGUGGUGUUGAGUCUUUCGAGGAGGAUGGGGAUAAUAAUCCACCCAGUGUGAUGCUGAAUUCUAGAGCUGCCAUUGUGGCAGGUGAGAUCAUUCCCUGGCUUUCUUCUACAGGGGAUAUUGCAGGUCUUAUGUCCCCUAGAACUCGGAUGGUAAGAGGGUUGCUUGCUAUUUUGCGUGCUUGCACUAGAAACCGAGCAAUGUGCUCCUCAGCUGGUUUAUUAGGUGUCUUGCUGCGGUCAGCAGAGAAGAUUUUUGUUCAGGAUGGUGCUACAACAGAGGAAAUGAAAUGGGAUGGAACUCCUUUAUGCUAUUGCAUCCAGCACUUAGCUGGACAUUCACUUACAGCAAGGGACCUGCGUAGCUGGUAUGAAGUAAUCACAAGAACAGUUGCCACUAAAUGGGCCUCUUGCUUGAUGCUCUCUUUGGAGAAGGCCAUGGCUGGAAAAGAGUCAAAGGGUCCAUCAUGUACCUUUGAGUUUGAUGGGGAAAGUUCUGGUUUACUUGGCCCAGGGGAUAGCCGAUGGCCUUUCACCAAUGGAUAUGCAUUUGCUACAUGGAUCUAUAUCGAGUCAUUUGCUGAUACUUUGAAUACAGCUACUGUUGCAGCUGCAAUUGCUGCUGCUGCUGCUGCCACAUCAGGGAAAUCAUCUGCUAUGUCAGCUGCUGCUGCAGCUAGUGCACUAGCUGGUGAAGGCACAGUCCACAUGCCAAGGUUAUUCAGCUUCUUAUCUGCUGAUAAUCAAGGGAUGGAAGCAUACUUCCAUGCACAGUUUUUGGUUGUUGAAUGUGGUAGUGGGAAAGGAAGGAAAGCUUCUUUGCACUUUACUCAUGCAUUUAAGCCACAGUGUUGGUAUUUUAUUGGUCUUGAACACUCUUAUAGGCAAGGGCUCCUUGGAAAAGCCGAAAGUGAGUUAAGGUUAUAUAUAGAUGGUUCCUUAUAUGAAAGCCGUCCAUUUGAUUUUCCACGAAUCUCUAAACCACUUGCGUUUUGCUGCAUUGGUACUAAUCCUCCUCCAACCAUGGCUGGGUUACAACGGCGCCGUCGUCAGUGCCCUUUAUUUGCUGAGAUGGGUCCUAUAUAUAUUUUCAAAGAACCAAUUGGACCAGAUAGAAUGGCACGCUUAUCUUCAAGAGGUGGGGAUGUGCUCCCUUCUUUCGGUCAUGCAUCUGCAUCACCUUGGCUAGCGACAAAUGAUUAUGUCCAAAGAGUUGCAGAAGAAAGUGCUCUUUUAGAUGCAGAAAUUGCAGGAAGCCUUCAUCUCCUUUAUCAUCCUAACUUGCUUAGUGGGCGGUAUUGUCCCGAUGCGUCUCCAUCUGGCGUUGCAGGCCUACAUCGGAGGCCUGCGGAGGUUCUUGGACAAGUUCAUGUUGCUACAAGAAUGCGUCCUGCUGAAUCUCUCUGGGCUUUGGCUUAUGGAGGUCCAAUGUCAUUGCUUCCCUUGGCAAUAAGCAAUAUGGAUGAGAAUAGCUUGGAACCUCAACAAGGUGACAUUUCUUUGUCAUUGGCCACCACAGCUCUUGCUGCUCCUAUUUUUAGAAUUAUCUCUUUGGCCAUUCAGCAUUCUGGAAAUAAUGAUGAGUUGAGUCGUAGAAGAGGGCCUGAAGUUCUGUCGAGAAUAUUAAACUACCUUCUACAAACUUUAUCUUCACUUGAUGUUGGGAAGCGUGAUGGAGUCGCAGAUGAGGAGCUUGUUGCAGGAGUUGUCUCUUUAUGUCAAUCACAGAAGCAUAAUCAUACACUCAAGGUGCAGCUUUUCAGUACAUUGCUACUGGAUCUGAAGAUUUGGAGCUUAUGCAGCUAUGGGUUACAGAAGAAGCUUCUAUCUUCCCUUGCAGAUAUGGUCUUCACAGAGUCAUCUGUGAUGCGUGACUCUAAUGCUAUUCAGAUGCUUCUAGAUGGCUGUAGGAAAUGCUAUUGGACAAUUCGUGAAAGUGACUCUGUUAAUUCAUUCUCCAUAGCUGGGGAAUCACGUCCUAUUGGUGAAAUCAAUGCAUUGGUUGAUGAACUGUUGGUUGUUAUUGAACUUCUAGUUGUGGCUGCUUCACCAUCAUUUGCCAUGGAUGAUAUCAAAUGUUUGCUUGGUUUCAUGGUUGACUGUCCUCAGCCAAAUCAGGUUGCACGCGUUUUGCAUCUCAUUUACAGGUUGGUGGUGCAACCAAAUACAUUUCGUGCACAGAGCUUUGCUGAAGCAUUCCUGUCAUGUGGUGGUAUAGAGUCACUUCUUUUCCUAUUGCAGCGGGAGGCAAAGGCAGGAGAUCAUGAUGAUCUAGACUAUCCUUCAGAUCCGGAUGAUAACACUGUAUCAGCCCAGGAAACAGAACUAGACAGUGAAGGUCGGGUUUUGGAAAGUACACAAGCUGAUGAAACAGUUGGCGCAAAGGAAGGAGAAAGGAUUUUACAUGAAAUGGCAUCUAAACCUGGGUCUUUUAGUAGUACAGGUCUGAAUGCUUCUGCUAGGUCUAAUAUCGGAAAGACACAGUCACUCCCUGAGAAUGCUUUUUUGAAGAACUUGGGUGGCAUAAAUUUUUCAAUAAGUGCAGAAAAUGCUCGGAAUAAUGUAUAUAACAUUGAUAGAGGAGAUGGUAUCGUUUUUGGGAUUAUCAACCUCUUAGGCACUUUAGUUUCAUCAGGAUAUCUGAAGUUUGGUAUGCAGUCACAUCCAGAUGUGACAAACAACACAUUGGCUUUGUUUGAGGGAGGUGGCACUAUGUUUGAUGAUAAGGUUUCCCUUCUACUUUUUGCUUUACAAAAGGCUUUCCAAGCAGCACCAAAUAGGCUUAUGACUAGCAGUGUGUACAGAGCUUUAUUGGGUGCCUCGAUGAAUGUUUCAUUAACUGAUGAGGGAUUAAACUUUUAUGACUCUGGCCAUCGCUUUGAGCAUAUACAACUUUUGUUGGUUCUCUUACGCUCGCUUCCAUAUGCAUCAAUGGCAUUGCAAGGCCGAGCACUACAGGAUCUCUUGAUUUUGGCUUGCAGUCAUCCUGAAAAUAGAAGCACUCUGACUAAGAUGGCGGAAUGGCCUGAAUGGAUUUUGGAGAUUCUUAUAUCAAACCAUGAGACAGGAGCAAGUAAAAAUGCCAAUUCGUCCAGCUUGCAGGAUGUUGAAGAUGCCAUACACAAUUUUCUGAUUAUCAUCUUGGAACAUUCAAUGCGUCAGAAGGAUGGAUGGCAGGAUAUUGAAGCUACAGUUCAUUGUGCAGAAUGGCUUUCUAUGGUGGGUGGUUCUAGCACUGGAGAUCAAAGAAUCAGACGGGAAGAAUCAUUGCCAAUUUUCAAAAGAAGGCUGUUGGGAGGCUUGCUGGAGUUUGCUGCAAGGGAAUUGCAGGUCCAGAGUGAAGCUAUUGCUAAAGCAGCUGCUGGUAUAGCAGCCGAAGGGUUGUCCCCUAGGGGUGCUAAAAUUGGAGCUGAGAAUGCUGCCCAACUUUCAGUUAUCUUGGUUGAGAAUGCAAUUGUGAUUUUGAUGCUUGUUGAAGAUCAUUUAAGGCUGCAAAGCAAACUUUACCGUGCUUCACGUUUUCCCCCUGGUUCUGUUUCUCCACUUUCAAUUGUUAUGCCUGUUGUGAAUCAGUCGACAAGAUCAUCAGCUAGUGAUACUGGUGGGAUCCCAGUUGAUGUUCUUGCUUCAAUGGCUGACGCAAAUGGUCAAAUUUCUGCAUCUGUGAUGGAAAGGCUUACUGCAGCAGCUGCUUCUGAACCAUAUCAAUCAGUUUCUAGUGCAUUCAUAUCAUAUGGAAGUUGUGCUGUAGAUUUGGCUGAGGGAUGGAAGUACAGGAGUCGUUUAUGGUAUGGAUUUGGUUUACCCUCAAAUGCUCCAGUCUUUGGUGGUGGUGGCAGUGGUUGGGAACCUUGGAAUUCUGCAUUGGAAAAAGACUCUAAUGGAAACUGGGUUGAACUCCCCUUAAUUAAAAAGUCUGUUGUGAUGCUUGAAACUUUGUUAUUAGAUGAGUCUGGAAUUGGUGGUGGUCUUGGUAUUGGAGGAGGAUCUGGUACUGGAAUGGGAGGCAUGGCAGCAUUGUACAAUAUGUUAGAUAGUGACCAGCCAUUUUUAUGUAUGCUGAGAAUGGUACUCAUUUCAUUAAGGGAAGAAGAUGAUGGUAAAGAUCACAUGCCAAAGAGUUGCAUAGAUGCAGAUGGUUCAUCAGAGGCUUUAGGUGGAGAAACUAGUGAUAUGGCAUUGUUAGACAACAGUGCUUCUAUUUCAUCAAGAAAACCACGAACUUCAGUGUUGUGGAGUGUUCUUUCACCUAUUCUCAACAUGGCAGUUUCCGAGUCCAAGAGACCACGGGUGCUGGUUGCAUCUUGUAUUCUGUAUUCUGAGGUGUGGCAUGCUGUUGCUAGAGACAGAACUCCUCUGCGGAAACAAUAUCUGGAGGCUAUUUUACCUCCAUUUGUUGCUGUUUUAAAGAGGUGGAGACCCCUUUUGGCCAGAAUUCAUGAGCUUGCUACUGCUGAUGGUGUGAAUCCUCUUGCAGUUGAUGACCCUGCACUGGCUGCUGAUGCCUUGCCAAUUGAGGCUUCCCUUGCUAUGGUCACCCCAAGCUGGGCUGCUGCUUUUGCAUCACCGCCUGCUGCUUUGGCAUUGUCAAUGAUGGCUGCUGGUGCUGGUGGAGGUGAAACUGCUGCUCCUGGAGCAACUCCACAGCUCAGACGUGAUUCCUCAUUUUUUGAGCAAAAAAGGCCCAAACUCCAUACUUUCUCAAGCUUUCAAAAACCUUUGGAGGCUCCCAGUAAAUCUCUAACUGUUCCAAGGGACAAUGCUGCAGCAAAGGCAGCUGCACUGGCUGUUGCACGAGAUCUUGAGCGCAGUGCAAAGAUUGGUUCAGGAAGAGGUCUCACUGCAGUGGCAAUGGCUACCUCUGCACAGAGACGAAGUAGGAGUGAUACUGAACGUGUGAAGAGAUGGAAUGUUUCUGAAGCCAUGGGGGUUGCCUGGCUGGAAUGCCUGCGGGAAGUUGAUACCAAAUCAGUUCAUGGGAAAGAUUUUACUGCGCUAUCUUACAAAUUCAUUGCUGUUCUGGUUGGAAGUUUAGCUUUAGCAAGAAACAUGCAACGAUCGGAGGUUGAAAGGCGCAAACAAGUUGAUGUAAUAGCACAACAUCGUUUGUACUGUGGAAUACGUGAAUGGCGGAAACUUAUUCACAGCUUGAUAGAGACCAAAUGCCUUUUUGGUCCAUCUAGUCUUCAUCUAUACAAUAACCAGCAUGUUUACUGGAAGCUGGAUAAUAUGGAAACAUCUUCAAGAAUGAGAAGAUGCUUGAGAAGAAAUUACAGAGGCUCAGAUCAUUUUGGAGCUGCUGCAAAUUAUGAUGAUCAGAAGCCAAGGCUAGAAGAAGUUAGUGCAAUCAGUCCAUCUAAAGCUUCACUUUUAGUGGCAGAAGCUAUAUCUAUGGAGGAUGUGAAUGAGGAUUAUGAGCAGGAGACCUCAAAUUCGGAGGGGAGAGUAGAUGACACUCAACAGCAUGGAGAGAUUCAGAACCAACAAUCUGCAACUGCUGAGCAGCCUCUGCAGACAUCUAAAGAAUCUGGGAAUCCACUGCUUGCUGCUGAACCAGACCCCACGACAGUGCAUAGUCCCUCAGUAGUGGCCCCAGGUUAUAUUCCUAGCGAACAUGAUGAAAGGAUUGUCCUUGAGCUUCCAUCAUCAAUGGUUAGGCCUUUGAAGGUUUUAAGAGGAAUGCUUCAAAUAACUACAAGAAGGAUGAAUUUUAUUAUUGAUAAUGCUGAGAGCAGUGCUGCUGUCAAUGGGCUUGACUGCAAAACUGAAGAGAGGGUCCAGGAAAAGGAUCGAACCUGGCCAAUCUCUUCCCUUCAUCAUAUAUAUAGCAGAAGGUAUCUAUUGAGGAGAAGUGCAUUGGAAUUGUUUAUGGUUGACCGAUCAAACUUCUUCUUUGAUUUCGGGAGCGCUGAGGCAAGAAGAAAUGCCUAUCGAGCAAUUGUACAAACUCGCCCUCCUCAUUUGAAUAACAUUUACCUGGCAACACAGAGACCUGAACAACUCUUGAAAAGAACUCAACUUAUGGAACGUUGGGCUCGAUGGGAGAUUAGCAACUUUGAAUAUCUAAUGCAACUAAACACACUGGCUGGGCGUAGUUAUAAUGACAUUACACAGUAUCCUGUUUUCCCAUGGAUUCUAUCAGAUUACAGUUCCACCACCUUGGAUCUUGCCAAUCCUUCUUGUUACCGUGAUCUCUCAAAGCCUGUUGGUGCACUAAAUGCUGACAGACUUGAGAAGUUUCAGGAAAGAUACUCUAGUUUUGAUGACCCUGUCAUCCCAAAAUUCCACUAUGGUUCACACUAUUCCACUGCUGGAUCAGUUAUGUAUUAUCUUGUUAGAGUGGAACCCUUUACUACUUUAUCAAUUCAACUACAAGGGGGAAAAUUUGACCAUGCAGACAGAAUGUUUUCGGAUAUUGCUGCCACAUGGAAAGGAGUUCUUGAGGACAUGAGUGAUGUGAAGGAGUUGGUUCCAGAGCUGUUUUAUCUUCCGGAAGCACUCACCAAUGAGAAUUCAAUUGACUUUGGCACAACACAAGUUGGAGAAAAGCUUGAUUUUGUUCGUCUUCCACCUUGGGCUGAAAGCCCAGUUGAUUUCAUUCAUAAGCAUCAGAUGGCACUUGAGAGUGAGCAUGUCUCAGAACAUUUACAUGAAUGGGUUGAUUUAAUUUUUGGGUAUAAGCAACGAGGAAAAGAAGCUAUAUUGGCAAAUAAUGUUUUCUUUUAUAUUACAUAUGAAGGGACCGUGGACAUUGACAAAAUCUCAGACCCAGUCCAACAGCGUGCUACACAAGAUCAGAUUGCUUAUUUUGGACAGACACCAUCACAACUGCUAACGGUUCCUCACAUUAAAAGGAUGCCACUAAAAGAUGUUCUUCACCUACAGACUAUCUUCAGGAACCCCACUGUUGUUAAGCAGUAUACUGUUCCUUACCCUGAGCGCUGCAACCUACCUGCUGCUGCAAUCCAUGCAUCUGCAGAUUCUCUUGUAAUCGUUGAUAUAGGUGCUCCAGCUGCACACAUAGCACAGCAUAAAUGGCAGUCAAACACACCUGAUGGCCAAGGCAGUCCUUUUCUUUUUCAACAUGGAAGACCUAGUGUCAGUUCUGCUGGUGGAGCAUUCAUGCGUAUGUUCAAGGGGCCAACAGUUUCUGGGUCAGAAGAGUGGAAUUUUCCACUCUCCAUGGCAUUUCCAACUUCUGGAAUCAGAAGCUCUGCAAUAGUUUCCAUCACUAGUGACAAGGAAAUUAUCACGGGUGGGCAUGUUGAUAACAGUGUAAGACUGAUAUCAGCAGAUACAGCAAAAACCUUGGAAAUAGCUAGAGCACACUGUGCCCCUGUGACAUGCCUGGCUACUUCUCCUGACAGCAAUUAUCUUGUGACGGGUUCUUGUGAUGCGGUAGUUCUACUUUGGAGAUUACAUAAGGUCUCAACAUCCCAAGCACCUAAUGUAUCGGACUCCACUGGCUCUAGCACACCUGCUGGUAAUAUGACAGCAAACACCUCUAUGGAGAGGAGGAAGCAUCGGAUUGAAGGUCCCAUACAUGUGCUAAGGGGCCAUCUUGGAGAAAUAUCAUGCUGCUGCAUCAAUUCAGAUCUUGGAAUUGUUGUUUCAUGUUCCAACUCAUCAGAUGUCUUGUUGCAUUCAAUCAGAAGGGGCAGGUUAAUAAGAAGGCUAGUUGGUGUGGAGGCUCAUAUGGUCUGCCUAUCAUCUGAUGGAGUUGUAAUGGCUUGGAACAGAGAUCUUAAAACUCUUAGCACCUUUACUCUUAAUGGAAUUCUUAUUGCUAGGACAUGUUUCCCCACCUCUAAUGUUGGUUGCAUGGAGGUUUCUGCCGAUGGACAGAAUGCUUUAGUCGGGCUGAACCCAUCUUUGGAUUAUGAUGGACGAUUCUCUGACAAUGAGAAGAACUUGAAGCUUUCAGGAGCUGAAGAUCUUGGUGACGCUAACGAUGGACAUAGACUUGGCAUCCCCUUACCUUCCAUUUGCUUUGUUGAUAUUUAUAGUCUAAAGGUCUUUCACACUAUGGAACUUGGUGAGGGGCAAGAUAUUACAGCUUUGGCACUGAACAAGGACAACACAAAUCUUAUAGUAUCUACUGCUGAUAAACAGUUGAUGAUCUUCACAGAUCCUGCUUUGAGCUUAAAGGUGGUGGAUCACAUGCUUAAGCUAGGUUGGGAAGGCGAUGGGCUUAGUCCGCUUGUAAAAUGAGUGUCUCAAGAAAUUGAACCCUUGGUUUAAACUUAGAGCCUGCGCAGUUUGUAUCUGAGAGAGACGAGUUUGGCUGUGUAUGCUUUGUAUUCAAGGAUUCGAUCACACCUUACAUAAAGAAACUAUACCGAGUGGAAGAUAUGUUGUAAUCAGGAAUCAAGAUGAGGUAUAACUCUGACAUGUAUCAUGAUUGUGAUUGUGAUGUAUUAGAUAUCACGGUGCUGAUGCUGGUCACGAGUUUUGGCUCUGAUUAGCAGUUUUUGACUCCCGUUGAGUUGAAAAUUUACCCAGAAGAUCGCCGUCUAGUUGUGUAUAUUUGUUCAAAUUUUGUUGGUACCAGAGUAGGUUUUCAUGGAGUUGGGCGUAUCAUGUAAGCUGUUGUAUUGUGACAUAGACUGCAAAUACAUUCUGAAUGCAUCGUGUAGAUUUUUAGGAACAGCUCUGCAGAUGCACUUAUCUGUUCACUUAAAUGAACACGUUGCUUUUAUUCAAGUGAAUGAUAGUGGACAUAUAAUAUUGUUCCAAUGAAUAUGUUGCACGUUCUUAGCAAGGAAAA